CAGAAACGUGAAUGAAACUCCACCGUGACCAGACUGAAUGCGCUUUUGUGCAUUGUCGGCCAGGGGAGGGAGAGACUUGACCGACUUCCCGAACGAUGACCUCAGGAACCUGUCCCUGUCCGGCCACGUGGGCUUUGACAGCCUCCCAGACCAGCUGGUCAACAAGUCAACAUCACAGGGCUUCUGCUUCAACAUCCUGUGUGUGGGUGAAACUGGCAUUGGCAAGUCGACGCUGAUGGACACGCUGUUCAACACCAAGUUCGAGAGUGAGCCCGCCACGCACAACGAGCCCGGCGUCAGGUUGAAAGCGCGCAGUUACGAGCUCCAGGAGAGCAACGUGCGCCUCAAGCUGACCAUCGUGGACACCGUGGGCUUUGGUGAUCAGAUCAACAAGGAUGACAGCUACAAGCCCAUAGUGGAAUACAUCGAUGCCCAGUUCGAAGCCUACCUGCAGGAAGAGCUGAAGAUCAAGCGCUCCCUGUUCAACUACCACGACACGCGGAUCCACGCCUGCCUCUACUUCAUCGCUCCCACCGGGCACUCGCUCAAGUCCCUGGACCUGGUCACCAUGAAGAAGCUCGACAGUAAGGUGAACAUCAUCCCCAUCAUUGCCAAGGCCGACACCAUCGCAAAGAACGAGUUGCACAAGUUCAAGAGCAAAAUCAUGAGCGAGCUGGUCAGCAACGGCGUCCAGAUCUACCAGUUCCCCACCGAUGAGGAGACAGUGGCUGAGAUCAAUGCCACCAUGAGUGUCCACCUUCCUUUUGCCGUGGUUGGCAGCACUGAGGAAGUGAAGAUUGGCAACAAGAUGGCGAAAGCCAGGCAGUACCCCUGGGGUGUUGUGCAGGUGGAAAAUGAAAACCACUGUGACUUUGUGAAGCUGCGGGAGAUGCUGAUCCGGGUGAACAUGGAGGACUUGCGGGAGCAGACACACACCCGGCACUACGAGCUGUACAGGCGCUGCAAGCUGGAAGAGAUGGGCUUCAAGGACACAGAUCCAGACAGCAAACCUUUCAGUCUCCAAGAGACUUAUGAAGCAAAGAGGAAUGAAUUCCUGGGCGAACUCCAGAAGAAGGAGGACGAAAUGAGGCAGAUGUUUGUCAUGCGAGUGAAGGAGAAGGAAGCAGAGUUGAAGGAAGCAGAGAAGGAUCUUCACGAAAAGUUUGACCAUCUAAAGAGGACUCACCAAGAAGAGAAGAAAAAGGUGGAAGACAAAAAGAAGGAACUUGAGGAAGAGCUGAACAACUUUCAAAAGAAGAAGGCAGCAGCUCAGCUAUUACAGUCACAGGCUCAGCAGGCAGGUUCUCAACAAACCAAGAAAGACAAGGACAAGAAAAACUUCUUCUUUAUGUAACCGUCACCUUGCCAAAGCCCCCGCACCCUCUCUCCCAGUGGACCGUAGGGCACUGGAAGAGCUGCGGAUCCGGGCACCCCUGCCAGGAGAAGAGCCACCUCAUUCCUCCAUCACGUCUGCCCUCCUCUCCUUCCCCCUUUGUUCCCACCCGUGGGUCUGAGGGUGUGCUGUGCUGUGUGUCUGUGCGGGAUGUGCCCGCUCCGGCGCGCCUCCGUCAGCGUCCAGGCUUGCAGCAGUGCCGGAGGGAACGGCCGCCGGAGGGAGCUCGGCCGCACUGUGCCUCCAUGCUCUGGGUUAGUUGGAUUUUUUUGCCUCCCUCCCCGCUUUCCUCUGCCAUAACGUGCACACGCUGCUGGUGACACACACAGUGACAGACUGGGGGGUGAGUGUGCAUGGCUGGAGGAUUUCAUUUCUGCCUCAAGCCUGGCUGCUUUGGAUACCACAACUUCAUCUCAAGGGCGUCCUGUGCUCCUCUGGCAUGGCUGGAAAUCUCUCCAUAGACCUGUGAUGUUCUCAGUGUGUCACUGUGUGACGGUGGAUGUCCCAUCCUGUGGCACUGAUGGAGCCUGUCCUGGACAGUCAAGGCCUUAUUUUCUGGCUGUGCCUCGCUAUGGGCAGAGCGGGAUUCUGGUUCUGUACAGCCGAGCUGCACUGGCUCGCACACAGAUCCAGGGCUUCAUUUUGUUUUCAUGAAGCCUAAUUAGUGAUUAUUUUUUUAACAGUCCUGAAUGUGGGCAAGUUGUUAAAAUUUCUAUCUUGUUUACUUUGGAAGUGAACUCAACUGAAAAGUUUGACAAAUGCCAAAGGAUUGCUUGAAGGUGAAAACAAAACCUGUAAAUGUGUGUAGUGACCUCCAGCUGGUUUGGGAUGGAGGGAAGGAGGCAGCCUGAGCCUCUUGGGAUGUUGGUUUGUGUAGAGUGAUGCACUUUGAUUUUGAACCGAAUACUAGUGAUUUAUUCUUUGCAUCUGUGAACCUUAAUCAAGGACUUCCCUUCCUUUAGCCUGCCAAGGUAAAGCUGCCCUGAGUUGGUCUAGGUUUGGCCUCUGGCACUCAGUGUGUGACAUGCCAGCUGCUGAGGGGCUCUGCUGAAAUCUCCUGGGGUUUUUUUCACAAGAACAGUGUUUUGCAGCACUCUUCAGUGACAAGGGUCAGCUCCCUGCUUGCCCUGGAAACUUCUGCAACCAAAGAAGUGACUUUGUAGAUGCACUCAGAAAGGUUAUUGAGUGUUGGCCCUGUGUGUGCUGUACCCUGGUAUGUAGCUGGACUUGCUGGCUGUUGCCCAGCCUGAAGGGCUGUCAAUAUUUGCACAAGUGUAGCUUGGGACAGGACUUGCAGUGAUACCAAAACCAGAGCCUGCCCUGCUCUCGAGGCAGGUGGUACCCAGUGCCUCCCACCAGAUAGCCAGGUUAGAAACCUGUUUAAUUCAGCUUUGACUGAGUACAAAGCCGGGUUGAGGCCAUUGCUGGAUUAAACCUUGGCUGUGUCUGUCCCUGCCUUGCUCUGCAGAACUCUGUGGGUGUUUGUUUUAACUGGGAAGCACCACUUGCAGGAUGGGAUCCCUGUGUGCCCUGGGCCCCCAUCCCUACCAAAAAGUCCUGGCCCGGGGUUCUCUGCACACAAAGCCGGUCACUGUUGACUGAGAACAUGCCUUGCCCAUUGAAUGCCUAGUGUAGGCUGGCUUUUCUUCCAGUGGUGGCACCUGUGCCAGUCUGCAGUGCCAGUGACCAGUGCUGGGGGCCCAAGGCCGUGGCUGUGGGCUGUGCAGCCAUGGCAGCCUGCAGCUUGCCCAGGUACCCUGCUCACUACUUGCCCAGCAGCCACCCCAAGUGCUGGCUGCCUCCUGCAGGCUCCUGAGACCUCCUCCAGGGAGGGAAUCCUCUCCUUAUGCUGUCCUCACACCUCUUUGUUGUUCCUUCUAAACUCCAGAUGGAAUAUUUUAAAAGCCUAAUCUAAGGAGAAGCAGCUGGGCACUCCCUGGAUGCCAGUACUCACACGGACUGCCUUUAUUUUGCAGCUCUGUAGAGUUGUGCUAUGCUGGUGCCUUGAGUCCUGCUGGCAGCUCUGGAGCUCGUGUCUGCGGGAGGACAUAGCAGAGUUAGAGAAGGGCACUAAAGGGAAUUAGGAUGGAGCAGCAGCGUGCCAGGUGAGGCGGCUCCCUUUGGAGAGCGGAAGGCAGAGGUGAGGGACGAUCCAGCCUUGCUGCGAGCUGGAGGUGGCAGCACAUGGCCUCUAGAGGUCCCCUGCAGCCCAAAUUUAUUUGUGACUGUUCCAAAGCUCGAUGGCGGUGCGUGCCGAGCUGCCGCUCACCAAAUCCUCACAAACUGAACUCAACUCGAAGGGAAUGGGCUCAAAACAUGGAGUAGCUUUCUUACCGAGCAGGUACUAAACUUCCGGGCUUUUUUUGCACCAGGUUGUUGAGGUGGACGGUGUCAGCAGAAGGUUUUGGGGUUGGUUGAGGGUUUUUGAAGGGUAGAUUCAGGGAGAACAUGUGCAGAAGGAAAUCAGUGCCACUCCGUUGGUGGUGGAUACAGGGCGGAGGGAAGGGAGUGGAAGGCACAGACGCUGCCAGCGGUUCUGUGGAACGAGGGGCGGAGCUGCCAGAGGCUGUGGGGGCUUUCCCACACCCAGGGCUGGGACAAGGGCUGGGACGUGACCUUCAGCUGCUUCCUGCAUGGCUGCAGCUCCUCGGGAAGAGGUGUCAGCGAGGGGCGGGGGCGGCUCGGGGAGGUUAUUUGUCGCCAGGUGUCCCCCAGCAGAGCUGGGAAAGCCACUUCAUCCACUCCCUCAACUUUGCAACUCUCUGAAGCUGAAAAGUUUUGCUUGUGGUUAACCCUUGUGGGCUGCUGCAGAGGAUCCAUGCUUUCAUGUCUGGAGGGCAAAUCCUUCAGGGGUGCUGGGGGCAGCAGCACCGUGUGUCAGGGCGAGCUGGGAUGGCAGCUGCAGGCUUGGGAACACGCAGCAGCGCUCUGGCGGGGAGUGGCUGCUGUGCCUGGGGGAGCUGCCUGGGCUUGGGGCACUGAGCAAGUGCUUGGGUUUGGGAAUGCAGUGGCUUUAUCCCACUGCUCCUGUGGGAGAUGCUGGGCUCCUGGCCUGCACUGCUCCGCUGCUCCUGUGGUGCAGACCCCGUGUUGGCAUCUUGGGCUGCUCCAUGUGAGCUUUGUGGGAAGGUCAUGAAUGUGAGGAGUGAAGGGCAUGAGGGAAUGUUUCCUGUGGGAAACAAGGAGCCCUGGCAGUGCUCCAGUGCAGGCCUGUGCUCCAGCAGUGGGAGCAGCAUAGCAGCCAGCCUGCUGUUUAAGGUGGUGGGGCUGGAGGGGGCAGCUGCUGCACCUGCUCCAGGGAAGAGCAAAAACAACGAGAUGCUGUCAGGUGCCACAGCCAGGGAGGCACCAAGCAUCCAGGGCCCAUGCCAGGACAGCAGGACACUGCAGAGAUGGCUCAUCUGGACCAGGGUCAGGGUUUGUGCACAGCACCAAGGAAAUAAAACGUGUUUGUCUCUGCAGCCCACUGGGGCCUGGGGCAUGCUGUGUUUGGGACUGGGGAGAGGGAAAGCUGCCUCAGCAGCCAGGGACACUUGAGUCCUGCUUCCCUGGGCUGGCCAAGUCAGCACUGUGGCUUGGCCGGUGUCAGGCAGCACAAGGAGGCCAGGAAUGGUUUGGGGCAGUUUUGGGAGAGCCACAGUGAUGCUGUUAAUUGGGUGUGUUUUGGAAGGCAGAGCUCUGCCCUCAAGGCUGGCACAAGCUGGGGCACUGCAUGACCUGCUCCUGUCCUGUGGGUUUGGGAGUGGGAAACAGUGAUAAGGACACAUUUACCUUCCCAGAGUGACACACAGCCAUGGCUGCCGCACACCUGGGACAGCAAACUGCCCCAGAGGCACCCCAAUAUCUCGAGGCCCAGCUCCCCUCCUUGCUGUUCCAGCCAGGUCCCUGCCAGCUGGCACGGGCUCCCUGCUCCCACCCUCAUGCCAGCUCCUCUCCCUGGGCUGGAAAGAGCGUGGCGAGGGGAGAUGCCAGUGUCAUUUAACUGGGAAAGAUGUGUAACAUGCCAUGAGCUGGAAGCAGGGAGCCCAGAACUGGGCUGCAUUGUGCUUUACUUGGGGAUGUGCUUGUGACACCUUGAGCCUGCUCAGCAGCCUGGCUUUGGGAAACUGAGCCGUGGGAUGAGAAGGUCAGGGACUGAAAAUUCUGUAAGGAUGGCAGGAAGGGCUGGAAGGGAAGGAAGACACACACCCUGCUGAGAAACUUGGGCUUGAGGGGAAUUUUUGAGCCGUGGCAGGAAGAAGCCAGACCCAAGGGAAGGUAUCACGGUGGACUGCUGCAGUAAGGUGGCACCUUGGAAGGCAGGGAGCAGGAGGGGCUCCAGGACAGGGACAUGGAGCAGCGUCCCAGCCAGGCACUCAGCCUGGAGUGAGGAGCACCAGAGGCAGGGCCAAAGCCGGAACUGCGGGAGAGGCAGUGAGUUCAUGCUGGGUGCCUCCCCUGGCAGCCCAGCACCUCUCCUGUCACCUUUCCAGGGGUCUGGCACAGAGCAGCUCCCUGGCAAGCCAGGUCUUGGGUGAAAAGCACAACACCAGAGUGGGAAUCCAGGACAACUUUCUUUAUUGCUACCAGAAGGCUUUCAUCAGUACAAUGGCUCUGGUUACAAUACCUUCCUCAGGGCUGUGGAGAGAGCUUACAGUUGGGACAGGGUGUUCUGAGAACAGGGUGUCACACGGAGGAGACGCAUUACAGGGCAGACUCUUGGUUAGAAGUUACAUGAACACAAAACUCAAGGGUUGGGGUGUUUUGUUUUGGUUCUGUGCCUGAUGAUGACACAUUCCAAACCUCAGGUGUCCACAGCUGCCCCGGCACC